GGAUGGGUACUGAUCUGUCUUGCGGGGGAUCUGUGGACGCUCCUGGCAGGUCGCUUAGUCACGGGAUUCACCAUGGGCACGAUGAGCGUCGUCUGCCCAACCUUCAUCGGGGAGUUCGCAACCCCGGACGUGAGGGGCCUCCUGGGGUCAGGAUUCCAACUCUUCGCCACCAUGGGCCUCCUUGGGGUCUAUGUUGUUGGCUCGACAGUGGAGUGGCGCGUCUUAGCUGGUACAUGUGUAUCUGCCCCUCUCCUUUUCGGAUUGGCAACACUGUUCAUUCAAGAGUCACCGUCAUUUCUUCUACAGAAAGGCCGGGUUUCGCAGGCUGAAAAAUCACUCAGAUGGUACAGGGGAUCAGAUUACAACGUGAAAGCUGAACUCGAGACCACGAAAAAAAAUCUUCAGGAGCUGCAAGCAGGAGGCAAAGUGGGACUAAGAGGCCUGGGGCGGCCCUACAUUCUUCGUCCGCUCGUGGUGUCGCUGGGACUCAUGUUCUUCCAGCAACUCUGUGGCAUCAACGCUAUUCUCUUCAACGCCAACACGGUUUUCCAGGACAACGGUAGCAGGAUGGACCGGGACGCAAGCAGUGUGGUCGUGGCAGCAACGCAGGUGCUCGGGACUCUAUUGGCGUCCUUCGUGAUGGACCGCGUCGGCAGGAAGGUCCUUCUGCUCCUGUCCUCCGUGGUCAUGACCCUAGCCCUGGCGGCCCUGGGCGCUUAUUCUAUCAUAAAGGAGCAGGACGCCGACUUCGCCACGAGCACGCUGGGUUGGCUGCCUCUCGUCGGCCUCGUCACUUUCAUCGCGGCUUUUGCCCUAGCGUUCGGCCCCAUCCCGUGGCUCAUGAUGGGUGAAUUAUUUCCCCGCGACGCGCGUGAGAUUGCAGGGAGCUUGGCCAGUGCGUUCAACUGGUCCCUUUCUUUCUUAGUCACACUCACAUUCCUACCGCUUCAGGGAACCAUUGGAUCUGCAGCCGUAUACUGGAUAUUUGCUGGAGUGUGCAUAUUGUCUUUCAUCUUCUGUGUGUCUAUGGUCCCGGAGACAAAGGGGCGCACGUUGGAAGAGAUUACACAAAUGUUCUCCGAUUCUGGCAAAGGCAGGACACAAAACGCGGCUUGAGAGAGAGAGAGAGAGAGAGAGAGAGAGAGAGAGAGAGAGAGAGAGAGAGAGAGAGAGAGAGAGAGAGAGAGAGAGAGAAAGAGAGACAGAGAGAGAGAGAGAGAGAGAGAGAGAGAGAGAGAGAGAGA